GUUGCGCGGACACUCGUGAUAUGGCAACUUCACUUCUUGGGGAGGAACCUAGGGUUGGAUCCACUCCACUGGCCAUGUUAGCAGCGACCUGUAAUAAAAUCGGGAGUUCGAGUCCCUGCUCGGACAGCGGCGCGUUCGUAAAAGGGGGUUUUCACCCAUGGAAGCGCGCAUCGCCCAGCAGCUGUUCUCUCUCGCCGUUCGGGGCGCAACGGAACGAUUCAUUCAGCGCCAACAGCUCCUUCUCCUUAGCGGGCACCAACACCUCCAGCAGCCCGUUUGGAAACGAUUACCCUGUGUUUCAGACUUCAGUCGUCAACAGUUCUCCAGACCCGAGCGCGCAGUCGGUGUUCAUCUCUAAAGUGGACACUCUACAGGGGAUUUACCCGAGGAUGAGCGUUGCGCACCCGUACGAGACGUGGUUCAAAUCCGCGCAUGCUGGCAUCUCCGCCGGGGACGUGGGCACCGGUAGUGGGUCCUCUUGGUGGGAUGUGGGCACCGGUUGGAUUGAUGUCCAAAGCGCAAACGGUGCCGCGCUCCAAACCUCUCUGCACUCGCCCCUGAAUGGGUACAACUCAGACUAUUCUUCCUUCACCCAUUCAGCGUUCAGUGCCAGCCCGACCCAGCAUCUUCUCACGGGUGGACAGCACCUGAUGGACGGAUUCAAACCGGUUUUAUCAGCUACUUAUCCAGAAACCAGUCCUAAUUCAAUAGCAGGCGCCAAUGGCGCAAUUUUACCUGCGGUAACCCUGGCUGGAUCUCCCCGCUCAACCACCAGGCGCUACUCGGGCAGAGCGACCUGUGACUGUCCGAACUGCCAGGAGGCGGAGAGACUGGGGCCCGCGGGGGCCAGCCUGCGCAGAAAGGGGCUCCACAGUUGCCACAUCCCGGGCUGCGGGAAGGUAUACGGGAAGACGUCGCAUCUCAAAGCGCAUUUGCGCUGGCACACCGGCGAGAGGCCGUUCGUAUGUAACUGGCUGUUUUGUGGGAAGCGCUUCACCAGGUCCGAUGAGCUCCAGCGGCAUUUACGCACACAUACCGGGGAAAAACGAUUCGCCUGUCCGGUGUGCAACAAGCGCUUCAUGCGCAGCGACCACCUCAGUAAACACGUGAAAACGCACAGCGCCGGUGAGCCCGGGUCGAACGGGGAUAAAAAGGGCAGCGAGACCGACAGCGAACAGAGUGUACCGGGCAGCCCAUCCUGUCAGUCCCCCGAAAUGAUCCACAAGACAGAACCCGUCCAGAACGGGCUCAAUCACUGA